AUGCUACACAUCCUGCUGGUCUUUCUCCAGCUGACGGCCAUCUCCGCAGCAUACACUCUGCGGGGCUCACUGGCCAAGGAUACCCUUCCAUUGUCCGCCGAAGAACUGGCCAACACGUUUGUUUCCGUGGAGCCUCUCGAUGCCUCGUCUUCCGCUCCCUACAAGACCUAUCUGCGUAAGGACGGCCACUUUUCGUUGCAGGAUCUGAGCGAGGGCUCGUAUCAGCUGGAAUUGCACUCCAUCAACCUGGCACUGGUGCCCCCUAAGAGCUACCGAAUCGACAUUGUCAAUGCCACCGAGCUCGUGAUCCAUGAGGUGUUUGCUGGCCACUCAGUGUCUGACCUGGGACCUCGAGCCUCCUACCCGCUGGUGAUUGGCCCCGUGGCCCGAAAGAAGCUGACCAUGGAGCGGGAGCAAUUUUCGGCCUUCAACAUGCUCAAGUCGCCCAUGAUGCUCAUGUCUCUGGGAGGCCUAAUCAUGGUGGUGGGAGUGCCCAAGCUGGUCAAGCACCUCGACCCCGAGGCCGUGGCGGAAUUCCAGAAGAUCCAGGCCGAAAAGAACAAGAAGAAGGGCCCCGCACAGUCCCGAGAUAUGCAGAAGCAGAUCAACAACUUCGACAUGGCCGAGUUUCUCGCCGGAAAGACCACCAAGAAACAAUAA